AUUUCGGGGUGAUGAUGGGGCUGCUGCGGGUGCUGCUGCUCCUCGGGGGGCUGCGCCUGCCCCCCAUGCUGGGGCUUCUCCAGGACCCCCCCGCCAUCUGCGAGGGACCCCCCGGCAGCUAUUUCGGUUUCGCCCUGGAUUUCCACAUGAGCGUGGGAAAGCCCGGCGUGGCGGUGGGAGCCCCCCGUGCCAACACCUCCCAGCCCGGCGUGACUCGGCCCGGCGCCGUCUUCCUCUGCUCCUGGGACCGCAACAAGACCUGGCAGCUUGGUGCCAUCACACCCCCACCACACCCCAAAGUGCCCUUGUGA